UCCCCUGACCUCGCUCCCUCUCCUCUCCUCCACGUCCGGCAGAGGCGCAGAGGACAGGUUAAACAUGGCGUCGCUGAGGUGCUUUUUCCGCUCCGGAAAGAAUGCAGUUGCGGCUCUGCAGAGGAGCGGGUUUCACAGCAGCGCUCCAGUCGCUGUCCAGAUGACUGUACGCGAUGCUCUGAAUCAGGCGAUGGAUGAGGAGCUGGAGAGAGACGAGAGAGUGUUUCUGUUGGGAGAAGAAGUGGCUCAGUACGAUGGCGCGUACAAGGUGAGCAGAGGUCUGUGGAAGAAGUACGGAGACAAGCGAAUUAUUGACACUCCCAUUUCAGAGAUGGGGUUCACCGGAAUUGCUGUUGGAGCUGCUAUGGCAGGACUUCGGCCAAUCUGUGAGUUCAUGACAUUUAACUUCUCGAUGCAGGCCAUAGACCAGGUCAUAAACUCUGCGGCGAAGACAUACUACAUGUCGGCAGGUCUGCAGCCUGUGCCCAUCGUGUUCAGGGGUCCCAACGGUGCUUCGGCAGGAGUCGCUGCUCAACACUCACAGUGCUUUGCCGCGUGGUACGCACACUGUCCUGGUCUGAAGGUGGUCAGUCCCUGGAACUCAGAAGAUGCCAAAGGGCUGCUCAAAGCCGCCAUCCGGGAGGACAACCCAGUGGUGGUGUUGGAGAAUGAGCUCAUGUAUGGCGUUCCUUUUGAGAUGUCUGAGGAGGCACAGUCCAAAGACUUUGUUAUUCCCAUCGGAAAAGCAAAGAUCGAGAGGCAAGGAACUCAUGUGACACUGGUGUCUCACUCCAGAUAUGUGGGACACUGUUUAGACGCAGCGGCAGUUUUAUCUAAAGAAGGCAUCGAGUGUGAAGUGAUCAACAUGAGAACGAUCCGGCCGAUGGACACAGACACCAUUGAGGCCAGUGUGAUGAAGACCAAUCACCUGGUGACGGUGGAGGGGGGCUGGCCACAGUUUGGGGUUGGAGCCGAGAUCUGCGCCCGAAUCAUGGAGGGUCCCGCCUUUAACUACCUGGACUCCCCUGUGACCCGAGUGACUGGUGUGGACAUCCCAAUGCCCUAUGCCAAGAUCCUGGAGGACAACAGCGUGCCCCAGAUCAAGGACAUCAUCUUCUCCGUCAAAAAGACUCUGAACGUUUGAGAAAAAAAAACACCUCAAAUCCAUUAACGCGGUAAAAAAGCCAAAAUGCUUCAUAAUAUUUCAGUCGAAUAACGCACAAAUGUAAUGUUAUUGAUAAACUAUUACUCCCCUCCUUUUGGCAAUAAAAAGUUCUUCGAUAUUGUGGUAAAAGUAUUUAUUGGGACACUCCAACAUUGUACCUUUUUAGCUGUUUUAAGUGCAUACGACAGGUUUUUAUGUGUUAAAAAUUACACAUUAGUAGUAUGUUGACUUACCAAAAUAAAGGCAUUCUAUAUUGUCUAAUUGUAAGGUUUUUUAUUUAUGAUUUUAACAAGGGCCAAAACUUGUCUAGACUGUAUAAAAAAGUGGACUAAGUGAACGAAAAACAACAAAACAAAAAACACCAGAAUCACUAAGACCGAAUUAAUGAGAUCAUUUUAAGUCCAAAAUGAGAAGCCUGACAGCAGCAGUUACCGAGAUAUGUGUGAUGGGUUUUCAAUAGAAAGUGCAUUGGAACCAGAGUCGAUGGAGUCGUAGGCGCCCCCAUGUUCACUUCCUAGUUGGAAGUACACGGCAGCUAGAGGGUUAGCUGUGCCUGUUUAUAUAUACAGUCUGGUUAAAGUCGUGGUUGCUAGGUAACGGUUUAUGUUUAUCUGCUGCCUGUGUCCAAUCAGUCCAACCUGCCGUAUGCACUUAGAGCUGGUGAUGGUUAAAAUUUAAAUAUUUCAAAGGGGUUUUCUUGUAUUUAAUGAAAAGUGUACAGAAUAUUGUUAUCGUUGGUAACUCUUAAAAUGGAAGCCAGCAGACACAAGCAAAGUUUAAAGGUCCUAUAUUAUGCAAACUUGACUCUUUGUUUGCAUCAAGUCAUGUUAGAAUGAUAUUCCCUCAUCAAUUUUGUUUCAUUCACAUGUGUUUGAGUAAUCCUUUAGUCUGUCUACAUCUCCAAAGCUCAAAAUGCUCCGUUCCACCUUGUGAUGUCAUGAAGCUUGUGGUUUUGAAGUUAACAGCUACUGUUUACCUUUUAGAGCAGUAGAGACUGUCAAUUCCAGGGCUUCACUGUUACCACAUGACAUCACAAGGUGGAUCAGAGUGUUGUCUGUCUGAGAGAAUAACUCAGGGUAAAUAUGCAGGGUUUGUGUGUUUAACAUUUGUGAAUGAAACAAACCACAACAUUAUAUAACAUAGACCAGUGUAAUAUAGGUCCUUUAAGUUCUGUAUGUUUGCUAAUAGGUAUAAACUACAUUAUAAGACAUUGUAGUUAUUUAAUUGACUCAAACCAUUGGAACUUUUCCUUGGACAUGUGGCAAAUCUAAAUUUUCAUUCAUUUUCAAGUUUUCAUUGCAUCUAUUCAGUUUGAUGUUCAAUUCAAACAUGUAUUAUAUUGAUUUUAACACAGAGAUAUAAGAAAAAGUUGUUUUAAUUAUUUUGUGAAUGUUUUACAAUAUUUUAAUUUGAUUAACUCAGCAAAUAAUCUGCCUUGUAGUUGUCUGCAUUAUAAUGUAAAAUGUUUUUUAUACCAGAUGCUCUUCCGGUACAACCUCUUACCACUUGUCUAGACUCUAUAUACUUUUUAAAUUGGAAAAAAUAUCCCUUUUCUGCCAAUAAAUUGUCUGAACUUUUUGCUAGGGACUCAAAACGGCAAUUGCUCAAAUUGUGUAAAUAUCACAAAUCACAGUUCUGUUUUGGAGUUCUGUUGUUUUUCUUUCACAGUUUUUUUUUUAAGACAAACUGCGUCCUUGUCUGAAAUGCCUUGUGUGCAUUUAGCCACAAAACUGACCACAUGAUAAACCCAGACAGACCCUGUGGGUUAUUUAUUGAAGUUUCUGCUGUAAACUACUUCCUGUUACAAAAUAAAAGUCUGGAAACUA